AUGGAUGCGCCCCGACGGUCCAUGGACUCUAAACCGGCAGCGUCUAUACGCGACUCCUCGCCGUCACCAUCUAUUCCGGCAACGCCAGCUAUCUCCUCAUAUUCCUCCCCAGACCGCACGUUUUCCUCCGAGUCCUCCCGCUCGACCUCCUCCGCUACCUCCGCAGAUGCCAGAUCGUCUGUAUCAACAUCAUCCCGGCGCCAUGGAUAUACCCGUGCAUUGGGUGCCAAGUUCUCGGAAUCGGCACGCCACCGCGACAGCGUCAUGAGCCUCGGCAGUAUCGCCCACUUACAAUACUAUUUUGCCAGGACGGGCUUACUGGACGGGAAGAGCGGAAGAAGUCGCGAGUGGGAAAAGAACAAGAAGAACAGAAAUAAUGUGCCACGAGUCCUGAUCACCCCGAAUCAACGACACAUGGAUGAUGAUCUGGUCGCGAGCCCGUCAGGUAUGGCAGACCUGACGGAGGGGGAAUUUGAAUUUGAGGACGAGGACGCCGAGGUGAUGCUGCCGCCUACAGUCAGCACGUACAGCAUCAAAACGCACCACAUCCCUCCUCCUCCAGGUCUGCUUUUCUUGCGCCGGCAGCUUACGCUCGCGCUGGAUAAGGCAGAGUCUAAUAUCGAGGCAAUCCAAAAUGGCAUGGAGCCUCCUCCCCGCCCAAUCCUCAGAUCGAGUCUUUCUCCGGACGAUGUCCCAAAUGAGGACGAUCAAUCCGGGCAGGCCGCGCCCCCGAUGAAUAAAGAGGAGUUGCAGGGUAUGUGCAUCCUCGACGAUGUUACAAAUGCCAUCCGCGCAGCCAAAAUCUACUAUACCACCCACGAGUACCCAGAGCGCUUGGCAUCAAUAAAGAGCGAACGGGACAUCCGCAAGGAACUUUUGGACGUCCUGGAAGUUUUGAAGCGGUUUUCUGCCCGGCAUUUUGCCAGCGGUCUGCGCGAGGAGGAACGUGAGAAGAUUCAGGGGUGGAUCGCGGCUGUGCGCGUCAUGCUAAUCCAGGAAAAGAAGCUGGAAGACCUUGAAGCUCAAGAGCGGCAGAAUUGGGAUUGGGCUGCUGGCGAUUGGACGGGCCGGGAGCGCUCACGCGAGGAGUCCUUCCUGCGCAGCCUCUUGCCUGGCGGUGACUCCUUACCGACCUGGACACCGGUUGAGGAGACUCCCGCCGACUCCCUUCCCACUGCGUUUCUUGAUAGGUUCCGGGACGGCCGUGCCCUGGUUCAGUUACACAACCUUGCGAUCAAGAAGUCGAAACGCAAAUUUGGCGACAUUACGGCCUACCACCUAGACAUUGAAAAGCCGUACCGGCAGACUGAGAAUCUCCAGUUCUGGGUAAAAGCUGCAGAACUCCGGUGGGAGCUCCGGCUGGAUGUUGAUGUUAUGGGUGUUGUACAGAAUAGUGGCACUACGGCUUGGGAGCAGUUCGAUACUGCAUUGUUGGCUUGGUGUAAAACCGUCCGCGAAGAGCUAGUGCGCGAUUGGCAGGAGGCUAACCCUGGUCGACCCCCGAGUGCUGGGUUGAUUUGA